GAAAAGGCGUUGUUAGGGGCGGCGAGGUCUGUGCUCUCGCCUCUAUCUCCGCCCUUCCGCGCGACCUUUUGAGUCCUCAGUUCUAACCUUGCCUGGCUGGGCCGUUACGUUGCUAUGGCAACGGGACUCUUGGAGUGGCGUCGAAAGCGAGAAGCGCUCAUGGAGCCGGGUGUAGAAAAACGUACCAUCUUAAAACCACAUCCUCCAGUUGUAGGCCAUGUGAGUCAUCACAACAUUGAGCUAAAUUGGGACUUUGAAGGACAAAGAAAAGGACCCCAAGAGCAAUGGAUAAAGUUUUCUGUUGAAGAAGAAGAUCCCAAGUUACGCACAUAUGGAAUAAUUUAUACGGGUUAUGCUCGACAGCAUGUUGUGGAAGGACUUGAACCCAGAACUACGUACAGAUUUCGACUUAAAGUGACAGAUCCUGCAGGGGAUUCUGCUUACAGUUCACCAAUUUGUGUAACUACAACACGAGAACCAAUGAGUGGGGCCCACCUCCAUCGUGCUGUGAGCAUGAAUGAUGUGAAUGCAGUUCUUCAUAUUCUUCAAGAAAAAAAUGUGGUGGUGGAUACACUUAAUAAAUUAGGAUUUACAGCCUUGAUGGUUGCUUCACAAAAAGGAUUUACAAGACUCGUUGAAAUUUUGGUAGCGAACGGAGCAGAGGUAAACAAGAAGAAUAGCAGUGGGAAAGACAGUUUAAUGAUAGCUUGUUUCUCUGGUCACCUGGAUAUUGUUCAGUACCUCAGAUCCCAAGGAGCUUCUUGGGAAUCGAAAGACCUUGGGGGUUGCACAGCUAUGCACUGGGCAGCUGAUGGAGGACACUUUGAUGUUGUUCAAUGGAUGAUUGAAGAUGGUUGCAAGGUUGAUGUUAAAGACACGGGACUUGAAUGGACUCCACUGAUGAGAGUAUGUGCAAUAAGUGGGAAGAGUGAUGUGGCCACUCUGUUAAUAGAAGCUGGGGCAGAUGUGAAUUUGAAAGAUAAGGAUGGCAAGACACCUUUAAUGGUGGCAGUAUUAAACAACCAUGAAGAGGUAGUUCAAACACUGCUAGAGAAAGGGGCAGAUAUUUCAGUUAAAACUGAGUUUGGCAAAGGUGUCAUGGAAAUGGCUAGAAGUUUAAAUAGAAUGAGUCUGAUUGCAUUGAUAGAAGCAAGCAAAUUAAGGAUACUAACUGAGCCUCCUGAAUCCUCUGAUGCAAAGUUACCUGAUGAAAAACAAUGAACCCCUCAUCUUCUGACCAGGGUGGUGAGGACCAUGAGGACUACAUUCUGAUUGCUUUCCCUUUUACCUUUUUGACUGUUGACUAUUGGAUACCUGUAUUAAAAUGUCAGUUCCUUCUUCAUCUCCAGCAUGUUCUCUGGAGUUUUGAUCUACCGGAGUGUUUAUUUCACAACUUUAUUCCUUUUUUAAUGUUUUAUAUCCCUUUUGUUCUGAGUACAAUGUAAGAGAGUCUUUUAGAGCAAAACAAGAUACAGAGAGAAUUGGGAUAAGAAAAAAAUGACUAUUAUUUGGACUUUGAGCUCCAUCCUGUAGACUGCCAGGGUGGCCUGACUUCCUAAGGCUAAUGUACUUUGCCCUUGUACUUAGGUUUCCCCUUAUAUUUAGGGGAAAAUGAAGCAGACUUGGUUUUUUCAGGAGCCUUAAAAUGCUUCAUUUACAUAUCUUUUCAUAUUCAGGUGCAGGAGCCCAUGUACCCAUUCCCGUUACUCACCCUAAAAGGAAUCCAAUCACCCACAGUUGGUCAGUUCAGGCUAAAGUUCUCCCAUCUGUGGCACCGUCAAUAAGAAGCCAAGCUUAGCCUAGAGAAAUACCUUCAGACAAAUCCAAAGCUAGCAAAUGGUUUUCUUCCCAACUCUUUAUUACAUUCUCAUGCUAAUUCUUAAGUUGCUUUUCCACUUGCCCCAUCCUAUUUGUCACCUAAAUAUUUCCUGUCCUCACUCCUGGGCUAAUCAGCUUCCAUGAUAACACAUUCCUUAAUCAAGAUUUUGCACAUUUCCUUAACUUGCACACCAUUCAAUUAAAUAACGUACUUUGGCUGUUUCCGCAUGGGUGGAGCGAGGUUUUUCAAAGGUGUCUUCCACCUGCUGCCAUGCGAAUGGCAGCAGGUGGAAGGCGCCAUUCCCCCCGCCUUCCCCGAA